AUGAAGAUCAUUAUCGUGGGUGCCGGCAUCUCCGGUCUCGCUACUUACUUAUUUCUCAAGAAAUAUUUUCCAUUUGCAAACGAAGUACGGGUCUACGAGAAGCCUCAAACUCCCCAUUAUGAACACUCUCAUACAACAUCGAGCGGACAGGGGGCAGUCUUGGGAGUCUCUGCCAACGGCUUACGUGUGCUUAGAGACUUAGGGCCCAGGUUAACGGACAGAGUUCUCCGCGAGGGUUCCAUAUGCAAAUACUUCCUGUUUCAAGAUGCAAAUGGAGUGCCACUGGGGAAAAUACGAACGGGACGACGCGAAGACGAGUUUUGCAUUUCUAUUGGUCGAGACGCUCUGUGGAAAGCCUUGAUGGCGGAAGCAGGGGAUGUCGUCACGUAUCGCGAGGUCACAGUCAUCAGACAUAGUUGGGAGACUGGGAAAGCCGUUGUAAAAUUAGGUGAGUUUGGCGAAGACGAGGCGGAUCUAGUCAUCGGAGCGGAUGGCAUAAACAGUGUCGUAAGGAGGCACCUGCUCGGAACCGAAAAAUUCUGUCCGCGGUACAGUGGCCACGCAUGGGCUGGCGGGUGCAUGGAUCUUGAAUCAUUUCCAGGACGAGACGAGAGGAAGGAUGCCAUGGUCUUCACGAUUGGCAAGGGCGGCCUUUUCUGUUACUCUACAGGCAGCCGACACAUGUUAACUUGGUUGUCUAUUUUUCCCGGAAGACAGCCCUUCCACGGUAAUCCUAAAACCCAGCUUGCUAGCCAGAGAAACUGCGAGGACCCCUUGAUCGGGAAGAUCAUCGCUGAAGCGGAGCCAAGUCACGUAUAUGGCAUCAAAACUCUCCCAAAGUUACCGAUGUGGGGGGCAAAUAGAAUUGUUUUGGUUGGAGACUCAGCCCAUGCCAUGUCACCUAUCACGGGGCAAGGGGCGUCGCAGAGUUUGGAAGACGCGCAAACCCUCGUCUUGCUUCUAAGGAAUAUGAUUCGAAAGUUUCGUGCUGAUGAUGUGAAUAGCGAUUCAUUGUCAACUACCAUUGAGCGAACUUUGUCAACAUACUAUGAUAUGCGUCACAGACGAGUUGAGAGAAUUGCUGCUCUGGGUAGCGCUCUUGAUAAACGCAUGCUCAAAACGCAGCCGUUGGCGACGUAUAUUAGAUACGCUCUGUUUCAGGCAAUCAAUAGCUUCCCAAAUAUAAUGGGCAGCUUAAAUGAGCGACUCUAUGGCUGGGACGUGAAAGAGGGUGUAGAGUCCGCGAUGAACAAGGACUGGGCGUAUGAAGCAUACAAGCAGCAAAGGUUUCGACCCUGGAACAAUCAAAAUAAGAAUCUCACCCGAGUCCAUGGCUAUUAUCGAUGGCGAAUCUUCACUGCUGAAGAAUUUAAUGAGCCCAAAUUCAAGGAAUCUCUUAUCAUUCGCAUGCGAAAGGGAAAGGUGCUAAGCGAUGUUGGGUCCACAGUCGCAACUCAGUUGCUCGUUAAGCUCUUUGUGGUCCACUUCACAACAAUAGGCGCCUUCUUCCACCUCCUCAACCUCCGCGGUGAAUACCUCCUAAGCCUUAGACCAAUCUUCUAUAUCUGCGCACCCCUGGGUUUCAUCGCCCAGCAUGUGAUCGCAGCUGCGACGCUCAUCCUGCGCAUCCCGCUCGUUUGCAUCAAGGACCGGAGAUACCCAAACAUCGAAACAGACCUGAUCUGUCCUGUGAAGUCGCUAAUCGCCAAAUUUGAGGACCCAUCAACAGAGCCAGGGCCAGGGUCACAAUCAGAGUUAGAAUCAGGACAAAUUAGAGAGAGUGGCAAUGAGUUGGGGGAAAGAGCUAUCAGGCGCCUCGGGAGAGUCCUCGUCACCAUUGCAUCUCUCGUCCAGUGCAGCCUCUCGCUCCUCCUAUACCACCGCAGAAAGACACACGGGCCUGACUCCAUCGCUUUGAUCGACGAGAAGGUUUUCCAGCUCGCCGCGAGUGGAACCUUGGUCGGCCUCCUGACUCUCGGUGUCACGCUGCGAUUUCCAGGCUUCAGACUUUUAAACCCAGCUCGGAGCCCCUCGAUCUAG